AACACCUGUCAGUUGCGAUCAAUAGUACACUACAGGCGCAACGCGUCAUCGUGCGCCGCUUACGAGAUAUCUUGCCUUCGCACGAGGCGAUGGCCGGGUUGCCGUCGUCAUUCCCGGCUCACCACGCUUUUCCAGACUGUGUUCAAUUGGUCCAUAGCGCCAAGUCCUUGAAUGCCCGGGGCAUCGUCAUGAUAAGGCUUGCAAUUUGUGGAAGUCGGCACUAAAAUACGCGGCGGCAGGCCGCCGGCAACCGGUAAAGCCCCGUUAGGCCCCGUUUCUCCCUCAGAGACGACCAAUAUAUAAGAAUCCGCGAGCGCACCCCCUGUCGACCUAAUUUCAACUUCUUCCACCUUCACUGCAAGCAUGGGUAUCGUUCUUUCUGGUUUCGCACAAAGCUUCCCGUCCGCGUCCAAGUUCUCCGUGGACCAGAUUCCUGAUCUAUCAGGUCAGGUUAUUAUUGUCACUGGUGCCAAUGCAGGAGUUGGCAAAGAAACUGCCAAAGCUCUGCUGAACCACGGCGCAAAAGUGUAUAUGGCGGCGCGUAGUGAAGACAAGGCCAAGGCUGCAAUUGAAGAGCUCAAGGCCUCGACGGGCAAGGCGGCCAUCUUCCUGCAGCUUGAUCUUUCGGACUUGCCCUCAAUCAAACGAGCGGCCGAGGAGUUCCUUUCGAAGGAGACGCAGCUUCAUGUUCUGUUCAACAACGCGGGUGUCAUGGUAAGAAGAAGCUCAGAUUGGGCCUCGGCAUAAAAUGAACGUCGUCACCAGAAUCCACCGUACGAAAUGUUCACAGCUCAAGGAUACGAUCUCCAAGUGGGCACGAACGUUCUCGGUCACUUCUACUUUACAAAACUUCUCCUUCCUAUUCUGGUUUCUACAGCCUCUGCGACCGGCAAGCCUGCGCGAGUUGUCAACACAGCCUCUCUGGCCGCAGAGCUAUCAGGGGGGAAGCUUGAGCUCCAGUCAUUCAAAGAAGGCCCGGUCAGGAAACGUCUGGGCUCGCAGGGAAUGUACGCUCAGAGCAAGCUGGGAAACGUCGUGUUCAGCAACGAGCUGGCCCGACUUUACGGAGACAAGGGCAUCGUCUCUACGUCCAUGAACCCAGGCAAUCUCCGAACUGAGCUUCUGCGUCACACUCCGAGCAUCCAGGCCAAGAUCAUCGACUUGAUGCUUUAUCCCGCAUCCUAUGGCGCGCUGACUCAACUUUGGGCCGGCACGUCGGAGGAAGGUGCGACUAUGAAUGGAAAGUAUCUCAUUCCUUGGGCAAAAUAUGGAAAGAUUCCCAAGGGUGGCAAUGAUCUUGCUGCGCAGAAAGCGCUGUGGGAAUGGGCUGAAGAACAAGUCGCUGGUAUAUAAAUCAUCGCGAGAUAACUUUUUGAAGCUUACACCGUCCCUACUAAUGUACUUUAGUGCAAAUCAUUUUCUUCCGGCCGGCGGCACGUCACUGUUGCUUUUGUUAGUACUUCAUUCCAGGAUCACCGACUCUUCGUGCUUUUUUGCGUCGGAAGCAAACGCCUUCAGGUGCUCAGGUGCAGGGUCAAGUGUUUGAUGGCCAUCAAUCGACGGCCGAGUCGAGUGCGUCAUUCGGCACUUCCGGAAAGACGGCUCUGGACCAAGGGCUCUCAGGUUGCUCUGAAAUCGACCCUCAUCCUAUGUGCAACGAGUCGUUCUCUCAUGUCACAUUCGAUUCGGGACCUCGGCAAGGGUAGACGCGCAACGCUGCGCGUAGCUACGUAACCACCUCAAAAAGCCGAGCAUGCAGUCCUUCUCCACGCUCGCACGCCAUCGAACCUCUCAUACUCACACUCUCUUCUGAAUCCCACCCUCCCCUAGUCUGAUCAUGGGCAUCGUCGCGUCCACCCUCACGCAAAUGUACCCUCCCAAACCCAAGUUCUCCGUGGACCAGAUCCCCGACCUGACUGGCCAGGUCCUGAUUGUCACUGGUGCCAAUGCAGGGAUCGGCAAGGAAACGACGAAAGCGCUCCUGAGCCACAACGCCAAGGUGUAUAUGGCCGCCCGCAGCGAAGAGAAGGUCAAAGCUGCGAUCGAGGAGCUCAAGACUGCCACCGGGAAGGAGGCAUUCUUUCUGCAGCUCGACCUGUCAGACCUGCAUUCUAUCAAGCGGGCGGUGGAGGAGUUCACAUCGAAAGAGACGCAGUUGCACGUACUGUUCAACAACGCGUGGGUGUUUGCGCACUUGCAUUCGCCGGUCAUCGUUGACCCAUUGCUAGCGGUGUCAUGGUACGGAUGGAUCCGGAUCUGCAUAAUGAUUGUACAUAUCGAUCUUCUCGUUAGAACGCGCCCUACGAGUUGCUUACAGCACAGGGAUACGAUCUACAAGUUGGCACCAAUGUUCUUGGUGAAUGGCCGCACGAGCCACUUCUACUUGACGAAACUGCUCCUCCCUACGCUGAUAUCCACGGCCGCUGAGGCCGGCAAGCCAGUGCGGGUCGUCAACACCUCAUCCAGCACGUCGGAGUUCGCCGGUGGCAAGCUGCGAUACGAAGCAUUCACGGAGGGACCCGCCAGGCAGCGCAUGGGCAUGUCCAGCAUGUACUCCCAGAGCAAGUUUGGCAACGUGCUAUUCAGCAACGAGUUGGCCCGGCUCUACGGCGACAAGGGCAUUGUCUCCACCUCCCUCAACCCAGGCAACCUCAGGACAGAACUUCUGCGCCACACUCCGAGCGUUCAAGCGAAGAUCAUCGACUUCCUGUUUCUGUAUCCGGCUCCGUACGGGGCUUUGACGCAGCUCUGGGCUGGGACAUCCGAGCAGGGCGCGUCCAUGAACGGAAAGGCACGCAAUUCGUCCUAUUACCUGAUCCCAUGGGCAAGAAUCGGGAACACACCCAAAGGAGGGAACGACCUCGAGGCCCAAAAGGCGCUGUGGGAAUGGGCCGAGAAGCAAAUUUCUGCCAUACAAUAGAUACCAUCCACUUGUUUCGUUUAUACCGGACCGAUAAAC